GACGCUUAGGCCCAAUAAUUAUUUGUACGCAUCACGGUACCAAAAGGAUCGCACUAAUUCCUUCUCUGCUAUCUCACCGGGCUCGUAGAAUUCCCAAAUUCGAUAACCGUAAUUCCCAAAUUGAAAACCCUAGUUCCGUCGUCGACUCAAAUUCGUCCUCGUUCGUGUCUUCUUCCUCUUAAUCGCCGUUUCUCAAAAUCCCUCAUCGCUCGAUUAUCAUCGCCGUUCGAUCAUUAUAAAGUUGAUCUUAAGACUAAAAUUUGGGGGUCUACCUUUGAUGAUCAAUGGGGUUAUCGUCAACGGCGGCCAACACUGGCGAGGGAUUCCAGUUAUGCAUCUUCGACUUGAGAAGGGGGCAGCUUGAAGGCCAAGAGCUCGACAAGAUCCUCUUCUUCUUCCCUUCUGACUGUCCGUACACAGCUCAGUUGUCAGUGGUCGGACUUUGCGAAGGAAUCAUCACGUUUACAAGAAUCUUCUCUCCAGAGGCUGCUUCUGAGGUCAUAGAAGCAGAGAGACACUCCCAUAUUUUCUAUGAGGCCGAGCCAGAUAUAUGGAUGAUUAUGGUAGCGGAGAAAAAUAAAGACAUUGAAUCUGUUUGGCGAUGUGAUGCACUUAGGCAAGUUCUCAAGGAAGUGCAUUCUCUUUUCAUAAUGUUUCAUGGAUCUCUGAGGUCUUUGCUUGAUAAACAACCAACUGGUGAACUUGCUCGAAGUCAGUUGUAUUCCUUUGUCUUAGACUACUUAACUGCGGAGUUUCAUGUUGGCAAAAGAAUCCAAAUGCCAUCAUUUCAUGAAUGUUUAAGGGAGCGCGGGACUGUUCAGAUGCUGACAAUGUCUCGAGAAGUGUCUAUUGAAGUUCAGUCACUUGUCACUGUCUUAGGAUCUUCUGUAGGGAAUAAAGUGUGCAACUCACUCAUAUUGUUCCAAGACUUGCUUGUGUCUACAACACUCUCUCCUGAUGAUACUACAACCAUAUUUACAUACGCUAUCUUGAGGUUGACUCCGCAUGCAUUAUCCUCUAAUGCAAGUUCUUGGUCCUAUCUGCGAAGGGGAAAAUCUGCAUCUAAUGUGCUUGCCGCCUCGAGUACACCCACCUAUAGACCUGAGGAGUCUCAUUAUGGAUCUCGUGAUACUUCCCCCGGAAGAGAACAGCAUAGACAUCAUAUACAAAGGCCUCUACAACGUGACAAAUGGUUUAAAGGGAAGGAUGGUUUUGUUGACUGUGAUGUUUGGGGCGAAGGUGGUACUUUGUUAUCGCUGAAUCCAACGGUAUGGCUUCAGAAAACUGAGGAGCGCAUGUGUCUUUGUGUUUAUCAGCAUAAGAACUUGACGAUAAUACUCCUUAUUCCUCUUUCAUCAUUGGCAAAUGAGGAGGGCAUGGCUUUGGUGAAGAAGCAUCUUCAAGAACAUGCAUCUCAGAAGAUUAUAAAUAUCGAGGAGAAACUAUCCAGGGGAUGGGGUGGUGAAAAUGCAUAUCAUGUUAGCGGUUAUCGUUACUUACUAAUUGAUGGUGAUAGGAAUAUAUCGAGGGCUUCACCCCCAGGAAAAGUGACAACUCUAGCAAAGGAGUCCUUGCUUGCCCUCAAUAGAUUAAGAGAAGAGGUAGAUUUAGAGAAGGCCAGAACAAAGAGGGAUAACCCAGAACAUGAAAAGGAUCUGGAAGUGUGUAUAAGAGCCAAAAACAAUGCUUGGGUUAUUGCUAGGACUACACGAGGCAGGGAGCUUUACAUGGUUCUAGAAAAAGCAAGCGAAACACUUCUCUAUGCAUCCAAUGCUCUCGAGAAGUUUAGCAACAGGUACUGCGAAGGAGCUUUUUCUUUGGACUAGGGAGAGAAUCUGUUGGCUGGAGCCAUGGAAUACAGAUGUUCACAUACAGAAAAAUAGAAGUAUUGUUUGAAGUAUCUUGAUCUGUGACCAAGUGGAGUUUCAGAUUGUUUGAAUUCUUGUCUACAUUAAGAAUCCUGCCUUUUUCCUCUGCAAGAAUGAAGGUAUCAGAGUGGUAAGCUGAUCUUGAGAGGAUUGAAUUAGCUUGUCGAUCCUUUGUGGAACCAAUAGCACGAUGCCUGUUCGUUUCUUAACUGUGGGGUCCUGAUGAUGGAAGGGGGAACACUGUCCAUUUGCUUGGACGCAUUUAUCUGUUUAGUGAGAAGCAGCAGCAAUUAGUAUAUGCUGUUGUAGAGGAAGUCUCAGAUGUAUGUUGUACGAGAGUGGUUUUGUUCAAUGGAGCGUUUAUUUCUGUUUGGUUUUAAGGCCUUUACUAAUUCCUCCAGCUGUAAUAAGAAACACUUGUGGUGAAAUAUAGAAAACUAGCAAGAGCUUUCUAGCAGAACUAACCAUAAGAACCUUAUCGAA